GACGUUUUCAUGGCUAGCUUGGAGAAUGGCCCACUAAAAGAAACCAUCGAUAGUCUGUUUAUGUAUAAAAGAUAUGUUGAUGAUACCUUCAUUGUAUGUGAUGAAAACACUUCAACUGCUGAACUUCUUAGAAUAUUUAAUGGUUCUCACCCAUCUUUGCUUUUCACGACCGAAGAAGAGUCGGAUUCUUCGUUUCACUUUCUUGAUGUUAAGCUAGAUAGAAGAGAGAAUGGAACGCUUCUAAGGUCGAUUUACCGAAAGCCAACAUUCACUGGGCAGUACACUAACUUCAACAGUUGGGUACCUUUAGGGAGAAAGAGAAAUCUUAUUCACUCCUUAUGCUCCAGAAUUCGUAAAAUCUGCUCUCCAGAGACAAUCGAUAGGGAACUAGACAACCGUCGAUCAAAUCUCCUUAAUAAUGGUUAUCCCACAAGGUUCAUUGAACGUAACAUCAAGAAAGAAUCCACCCUGAGACAAGUCACAGUACCAAAGAAAAAGCUGUUUAUGAGUCUUGCAUUCAAAGGUGACACCAUUUCAGAAUUGAUUAAAAAUCGUUUAUCUAAAUGUAUUAAACGUACUUUUCCUGCAGCUGACCUGCAACUAGUUUUUACCAGCCGAAAUAUGAUCAGACAAAACGUCAAGGAUAGAUUACCGCUUUUGUCCACAUCUAUGUGCAUUUACUCUUUUACUUGCUCUUGUGGAGCUGUUUAUAUUGGACGUUGUAAGCGUAAUCUCCGAAAACGUGUAGCUGAACACUAUCCGGUUUGGUUAAUGAAAGGCGAACGUAGAACUGCAAAGUCGUCUAUCUGUGAUCACCUGUUAGAGUCUGGUCAUUUAGCCCCACGUGAUUCAUCUUUCAAAGUUAUAUACAUGGCAAAAUCCAAUCGAUCCAAAAGUUUACGUUUUCUGCACUUAUGCAUAGCCGAAGCUUUAGCUAUACAUGAACAGAAACCUAUAUUAUGUGUUCAAAAGCGUUUUGUCAAACCCCUUUCUUUACCUUGGUCAUAAUAAUUUUCUUUCUAGUUUUUAUUUUAUUUUACCACUUGAAUUCUUUCC